UGCGUCGCGGCCUCCCUUCCCGGCGUGCCCCGCGCGCCCUCCGCUCCGAGGAGCCCAAGAUGGCGGCCAGCAACUACUACGGCUUCGCCGGGCCUCCGUUCAGCGCCCAGCCGGCUCCCAUCUGCUCCCACCCUCCGGCAGCCGCCAGCUACGCAGUCCAGACGGCGCAAGGAGUGGAGCACGCCGUGGGCCCCGUCUACGCACCCGCCGUACAAGCCGCAGGCCGCCCUGUCUCCGCCACCGCAGCGUACGGCGUGUACCAGGCUCCCUCGGCGCAGGACUACGGGGGAUACGGGUCCCGCCAGCCGGACCCUUCCCCUCAGCCGGCCGUGGCCCAGAACUACCAGGAUGGCUACUGUUACGGCCGGUCCCCAACAGCAGGAGGCUACGAGGCCAAGACCUAUUACCCGGCGGUGGUCACGCAGUCUCAGCAUCCAGCCGCGGAUUCCUACUACCACUCCAGCAUCCAGAGCAGCUAUGGUCAGCCGGUGGCCACAUACAACCCAAACCAACCCCAGCGGCAAGUGACUCCUGUCAAACCAGUUCAGGCGGUGAACGCUUCCUCGUCCAGCUAUGGCACAUACCCGGCUGCCACCACAGGGCAGCAGAACGCCCCGGCUUCCUCCAUCCAGUCAUACACCCCGUCUUCCUCGUAUGCCACUGCCUCUUACAACUCCUCUCCUGCUUCCUACUCAGGGACAAACUACUCCAGUUACGAUCCCGCUGCUGCUUACACGGCGGCCAAUGCGUCUUACUACCCAGCUCCCCAGCAGCCAUCCAUGCAGCCACCGCAGCAACAACCCCAGCAGCCUCAGCAGCAGCCGCCGCCUGUACAACAACCAAAGCCCACAUGGAGCUCUGGGGGUGGCCCCAACUCAGCCAGUAACUACACCAAGAAGCCCCCUUUUCCCAGCAAGGCCCUGAAGCCCAAGGGCCUCCCGAAGCAGCCUCAACUGCAUUACUGCGAGAUCUGCAAGAUCAGCUGUGCAGGACCCCAGACAUACCGGGAGCACUUAGAAGGACAAAAGCACAAGAAGAAGGAGGGGGCCCUCAAGACAGGGGGCCAGACAACUGGGGGCGGCUCCCGGGGGAUCCAGACCCAGCUCCACUGCGAACUCUGUGAUGUCUCCUGCACUGGGGCUGAUGCCUACGCUGCCCAUAUCCGAGGCGCCAAGCACCAGAAGGUCCUCAAGCUGCACACCAAGCUUGGCAAGCCCAUCCCUUCAGUUGAACCCAUGUUGGUCAGCAUCUCUUCAGGACCAGCGAACGGCCCAGCUAGCAAGCAAACUCUCCAAAAUGCCCCUGCAAAAUUAGUACCAGCAGGGCUGCCCAAUAGCACAACUGGCCCAAGCAAGUCUUUAACGCCCACAAAGAAGCCUCCUGUGGCCAAGCUCACUUUCACAGCUGCAAACAAAGUCCAGGCAUUGAACAGCAAACAGGACGAGGCAAAAGGUUCACAGCCAACAAAAGAGGCCACGCCGGCAGAGCAGCUUCCCCUUGAGAGCUCUGGGGAUGGCUUGGGAGACCUGCUCGAUGUGCAGCCAGUGGGACAGGACUAUGUGGAAGAGGUCCACAAUGACAAAGGAAAGAUGGUCCGUUUCCACUGCAAGUUGUGCGAGUGCAGCUUCAACGACCCCAAUGCCAAAGAUAUGCACUUGAAGGGGCGCAGGCACCGCCUGCAGUAUAAGAAGAAAGUCAACCCAGACCUCCCGGUGGAGAUCAAGCCAAGCAACCGAGCGCGAAAGAUGCAAGAGGAGAAGCUGCGGAAGCAGCAGCUGCGAGCACUGGUAAAGAGGCGCCGGGAGGAAGAGCAGCGCUGGCACCUGGAAAUGAGGCGCUAUGAAGAGGAAAUGUACUGGCGUCGGGUGGAAGAGGAGCAGCUGUACUGGGAGGAGCAGCAGCGGAGGCGCCUGGCAGCAGACUGGCACCCUCCACCCCUCAUGGGCAGACCUGGGGUGCCCAUCCCUCCUCUUUUGCCUGCCCGGCGGCCCAGCACUUCUGAUGACCGCCACAUCAUGAGCAAGCACUCCAGCAUCUAUCCCACUGAAGAGGAGCUCCAGGCCAUUCAGACAGUCGUCUCUCACUCAGAGCGCGCCCUAAGGCUGGUCUCUGAUUGGUUGACGGAACAAGAAGCAGGCAAGGAGGAAGAGGAGAACAGCCAAGAGAAAGGUAAGACAGAGGACCCGCCACCCCGGAUCCUGAAAGGUGUGAUGAGAGUAGGCGUCUUAGCCAAGGGGCUGCUUCUCCGCGGUGACAGGAGCGUCCGCUUGAUCCUGCUGUCAGCCCAGAAGCCCACGUUGGCCCUCCUCCAGAGCAUUGCGGAGCAGCUCCCGAAACAGCUGGAGAAGGUGACGAGUGACCCUUACGAGGUCAUCUCCAACAUGGAGGAAGCCAACAUCAUAAUUGCCUCAUGCAAAGAGCCCAAAAUGCAGGUCACGGUGUCGCUCACAUCUCCGCUGAUGAGGGAAGAAGUUUCCCCUGAGGCCGAGGUGCCUUCCAAACCCCAACUUAACUCCCCCGAAAUCUUGAACCCAGACAAGUGCCUGGAGUCCUUGGCUGCCCUCCGCCAUGCGAAAUGGUUCCAGGCCCGAGCCAACGGUCUGCACUCAUGCGUGAUCAUCAUCCGGGUUUUGCGGGAUCUUUGCCAGCGAGUGCCAACAUGGGGGGCACUUCCAGACUGGGCGAUGGAGCUCCUGGUGGAACGUGUCCUGAGUAGCUCCACAGGGCCCUUGGGGCCCGGGGAGGCAAUGCGGCGGGUCUUGGAAUGCGUUGCUACUGGGAUGCUCCUGGCAGAUGGGCCAGGCCUUCAGGAUCCCUGUGAGAAGGAGCCCGUCGAUGCUUUGCAGGGCAUGGCACCUCAGCAGCGUGAAGACAUCACAGCCAGCAGCCAGCAUGCCUUGCGGAUGCUCGCUUUCCGCCAGAUACACAAAGUCUUGGGCAUGGAGCCCUUGCCGUUGGCGAAAAACCGACCGGGGGCCCAGAGCCGGAAGAGGCAGCGGGACGUGGAGGAGGAGGAGGCGGCGGCAGCGGAGGAGGGCAAGGGGAAUGGAAAGAAAGACAGGAAGGAGGAAGAGGAGGACGAGGAUGAGGACGAGGAGGACGAUGACGCAACAGCUGAGAAUGGGGCUUGACCACUGUUGCAGAAAGAGAUGAGGAGGCCUUUAGACAAAUUUACUAUAUAUAUAUAUAUAUAUAUAUAUAUAUAUAUAUAUAUAUAUAUAUAUAUAUAUAAAAUGAGUUGCUGUUUAGUUUAAAAUUCUGGUAAUUUUAGUGUGUUAUUCCCCACCCCUUUUCGCCUUUAAAAAGGAAAAAGAGCAGCAACAAGAAAACAAACUGUAUAUAGUUUUAAUGCUGUGCUUCAGUGAUUAAAAGGACUCCUUCCUUCUGCAA